CGAAUGAACAUCGACCGUGGAAGUUGACUGCUGAAGUACAAAGCGCUAGGCUGAAGUAUACGAAAUUCAUGUGAGACUAGCGAGCCGCGGCCUCACUAGCCAAAGCCAGCCUCAAAAAACCAAAAACAUAAAUCAGGCAGCAGCAGCAGCUCACACAUACAUCGACAAGCGCCAGGAUCCGCAUCACCAUAUCCUUCCUGCCAAAUAGUCGCCACUGCUGCCGCCCCUCCCCGCUCCCCUCGCAGGAGUCACGCUUCGUUAAACGCUGCUCAAAACCCAUCAUCCAACUAAUAAAGCGGACGAUAAACAAGCGCAUUAAGUACCGAGGCGAACGAGCUAUUAACGCUAGUCUGGAUCCCGAUUGCUGAUUGGAAAGGAGAAACAUUGGCAGCAUUUCUAAUUAGGGGCAACAACACAGCAAAACAAAAUGCCGCCAAAUGCAAAAUCGGAAACGGACGCCAAACCGGAAGCGGAACCAGCGCCAGCGUCCGAGCCGGCAGCGGAACUGGAGUCCGUGGACCAGAAGCUGGAAGAAACACAUCACUCCAAAUUCCGUGAGGUGGACAGGCAGGAGCAGGAGGUGCUCGCCGAGAAGGCGGCGGAAGCGGCCAGUCAAAGAAUCGCACAGGUGGAAUCAACAACACGGAGUGCAACCACAGAGGCUCAGGAAUCCACCACCACAUCAGUGCCGGUGAUCAAAAAGAUCGAGCAUGUCGGCGAAGUGGUCACCGAGGUAAUCGCGGAGCGCACGGGGCUGCCCACAUGGGGCGUGGUGGCCAUCAUCAUACUCGUGUUCCUGGUCGUCUUUGGUAUAAUCUUCUUCUGUGUGCGGAGAUUCCUGAAGAAGCGAAGAACCAAAGAUGGAAAGGGUAAGAAGGGUGUCGACAUGAAGUCGGUACAGUUGUUGGGAUCGGCGUACAAGGAGAAAGUUCAGCCUGAUAUGGAGGAACUCACCGAAAAUGCCGAGGAGGGUGACGAGGAGGACAAGCAGAGCGAGCAGAAGCUGGGGCGCCUCAACUUCAAGCUGGAAUACGAUUUCAACUCCAACAGUUUGGCCGUGACGGUGAUCCAAGCUGAGGAACUUCCCGCCCUGGAUAUGGGCGGUACCUCGGAUCCCUAUGUCAAGGUGUACUUGCUGCCCGACAAGAAGAAGAAGUUCGAGACCAAGGUGCACCGCAAGACACUGAGUCCGGUCUUCAACGAGACGUUCACCUUCAAGAGUUUACCCUACGCCGAUGCCAUGAACAAGACGCUCGUGUUUGCCAUUUUCGACUUCGAUCGCUUCUCGAAGCACGACCAGAUCGGCGAGGUGAAGGUGCCGCUGUGCACCAUCGACCUGGCGCAGACCAUCGAGGAGUGGCGCGACCUGGUCAGCGUUGAAGGAGAGGGCGGACAGGAAAAGCUGGGAGACAUCUGCUUCUCGCUGCGCUACGUGCCGACCGCCGGAAAACUAACCGUCGUCAUCCUGGAGGCCAAGAACUUGAAGAAGAUGGACGUGGGCGGACUGUCUGAUCCAUAUGUGAAAAUUGCAAUCAUGCAAAAUGGCAAACGUUUGAAAAAGAAGAAGACAAGUAUCAAAAAAUGCACCCUCAACCCUUACUAUAAUGAGUCGUUCUCAUUUGAAGUACCAUUUGAACAAAUACAAAAAAUCUGUCUCGUUGUGACCGUCGUGGACUACGAUCGUAUUGGCACCUCCGAACCCAUCGGCCGCUGCAUACUUGGCUGCAUGGGCACCGGAACCGAGCUGCGUCACUGGUCGGACAUGUUGGCCUCGCCCCGCCGGCCCAUCGCCCAGUGGCACACCCUCAAGGAUCCCGAGGAGACCGACGAGAUCCUGAAGAACAUGAAGUAAGGCGGCAACAUGGAUAACCAAUGCAGACUUACAGCACAUCUAUCAAACGUAUAAAUGUAACCAAAGAACACGUACGCGAACCGUCAGACAUUGAAAUCGAAUGCAUCAUCAUCAGCUACAAAACGAUCCUCCUCACCCGAAACGACAAGCAACAAUCAGCGAAAUAUCGUAGUUAAUGCAAAAAUUGUUCAUCUAAGCAGUUAUCUCAACAUAAACAUACUGGAACACACAAAAUGCCGAUUAAGUAAUACCAUAGGUGUCUAAGUUAUAUCUCAUUGGUUGAACAGCAAAGCGAAGUGAAAGCUAUGAAAUCCUAUAUAGAAAGCAAUGUGCAAUGUGUCCCUUUCACUGGCCGGAAUCCCAAAUAGUUCGAUCGAUUUUACAUAUAAUCAUAAUCACACAUGAAUUCAUUCCGAGAUCUAUGAAUUUGUUGUUGUCCCUGAUUGAGAGUUUCCAAACUAUGAAAUUUACGAGUAUGUUCUUAUUAAAUGCAAAACUCUAUAUACUCAAACUAUUUAACGGAUGACCGCGAGAGUAUGAUUUUUAAAGGUUAAGUUUACUUUCGUUUUUAACUUAGUGCAAUGAUUAAAGGGAUCUUUCCGGUUUUAAAUUUGUUUUUCAAUCGUUGAAGGAUUACUAGUGAAUAAUAUUACUGACUAAUGAAUAUAUAAACAAACAAGCAAAACAAGAACGUAAAGGCAACUAAACUGUUAUGUAAAUUAUUUAUUAUGUUUAAAUUAUUGAGCAUUACGUACUUAACUGUGUAAGUAUUAAUCUAUGUGUGUGUUUAAACGAAGUGAACAUGGCAGACAUAUUAACAAGAGGACGGAAGGGAAAUCAUAAAAUAUAUAUUAUAUAUAAAUAUUAUGUAUAACGACCUAACAGAAUCAGACGAAUAAGUAGAGGGGAAACCAAACAAACCGAAAACCAAAAGCAAAUAACAAAAGUUAAACUUUGAAGCGUGAUUUCAACGGAAUAUAUCAUCAGUUUAAACUUAAAGAAAAUAUCGAACAUUUUGCACAAUGGAUCAGAUUGGAAUGUUAAUUUAGUUCGAACACCUUGGUUUACGAUAACUUAGUAGAAAUAUGGCUCAGUUUGGGAAAGGUUUCCAUUUCCGAUAAGUUUUUCCCUCGGUUAGCUUUGAAUUUUCGUUCGAGUUCAGAUUUUUGGUUCGGUAGCUUCUUCUUCUCGAAUAUUAAGGUUUCUACUACUAUCUAUGAGUCGUUUUACUCGUUUCCGACCUUACCACAUUCCCUGAUUUAGAAAUCAUAUUAGGACCUAAUGAAAAUAUACAUACUAACUAAAUGAUUAUGGCAAAAUGUUAAAACAGAAAAAGAAAUAUUAAGAACAAUAAUAGUUAUUACUAUUUAUAUUAUAUUCAAGUAUAUGACAUCUAAACAAUAUACAUUUAUAUAAACUUGUGCUCCUUGCUGCACAAGCCUACUAAGAAUUUGGGAUUUUUAAUAUGGAAAAGCGGCGGCAGCAAAAACUUCUACCUACCUAAAACACAAACUAGCUAAUUAAGCUAACUAACCGCUCGAGAGCCGAGCAUUCCAAUAUAAUCCGAUAUUGAAAUCGAAAUUGAAAUCGAAAUCGAAAUCGAAUUCGAGACGAAGGAUUAACAGUGAGCCAUGAUUUUCUGAUUUUUUCCAUAUUGAAAGUAAAUGAAAUUCAACUAAUACAUUAGAUGUUUUUGUCCUGUAAAUGGUAUAUUAUAAUGAUAAUGAUAAAGAUAAAGCGUAGUUAGGGAUCUGUGUAUCCCCUGUACACCCACUUACACAGUUGUAGUUAUGUUCACUGAAGCAGAAGAGUUAUGCGUAGAGGAGUACACAAAGAACAAAGAAUGCAAACUUACAAAUCGAGAAAAUAGCAAAAAUAUUUAUGUAAUAUAAUUCAUCUAAAUUUAACAAAUCGACGAGGACGCCAGGAAGAACAAGUUAUGCAACUUAUUACGAGUAUUGUUCAAUAAAAAUAAAUAACUUUGCUUUUCCAAAUAAUUACUGUAAAUUAUCUCAAGCCCAAAAACAGCAAAAUAAGACACAGAUACCAAACUCACACACACCCACACACACAUAUGUAUUAUGUAUUAAACAAAUGGUAAAUUACUAACAAAAAUCGAAGCCUAACCACAACAGCAACAA